UGGGACUGCUCACCGCGGGAUCCCUCCGCCGCGGACCGGCGGUGCGUGCGCGGUCCCGUCCCCCUCCGCCUGCUCGCUGCCUCCCAGCGAGAGGGAUUAUUUCCCGCGGUUGUGGCGGCGGCGGGGCCCAGCGCGGCGGGACGGGCUUGCGCGGGGGAUGGAGGCAGCCGGCGCCCAGCUGAGGGAAGGAGCCGCCCCGUGAGGGAGGACGCGGGAGCGCCGAGGCCUGCUCGGGGCCGCCGGGCCCUCUUACCGGGCGGGGACCCCGCGGCCAGGCCGCGCCUCAGCGCUCGGGCCUGCUCCCCCGGCGGCCACCCUCGGGGGAGCCCGGCCCGGCCCUGCCCGCCGCCGGGGGCUGCCCCCCGCGCUCCUCGCCGCCGGGCCCCCUCGCCCCCCGGGGGGCGGGUUUGCCGGGGGGGCGGGAGCGCGGAGGGGGUCGCUUGGGGGGUGUCGGGGCGCCGGCCCCCCCCGGGGCGCUGCCGCCCGGCCUCGCCGCCGCUGCCCCCCACCCCCCCCGGGUGUGCUCCCUGCGGGCCGGGGGUCGGCGAAGCACCAUGGUGGAGAAGCGGUGCCCGCGGCUGCAGCGGGACGGCGUGUACCGCUGGUUCUCCGAGCUGCCCUCCCCGCAGCGCGUGGAGUUCCUCUGCGGCCUCCUGGACCUCUGCAUCCCACUGGAGCUGCGCUUCCUGGGCGCCUGCCUGGAGGACCUGGCCCGCAAGGACUACCACUCCCUGCGCGACUCCGAAAUCAAGGCCAACAACCCCGCCGACCUGGGGAGCCUCACCAACCUGACGGACGAGGUGGUGCGCAGCAAACUUUUGGUCUCCCUCGCCCUGCUCGGGUCUGCCCACCGAGAGGCGGCCGGGGUCCUCUUCCGUACCCUCACCCACAUCGACUCGGUCAUCAACAACUACGGGCUGCAACUCAACGAGGGCCGCACCGGGGAUGAGUUCCUGUUGCUCUUCACGAUGGCAUCCAACCACCCUGCUUUCAGCUUCCACCAGAAGCAGGUGCUGAGGCAAGAGCUCACCCAGAUCCAGAAUAUCAUGUCCAGCACCAGCAAGAAUCCCAGCACCUCUACCCUCAACACCAUGGCAACCUAUCCUGGCUGCCAUAAGGUCACUCCAAGAUCCGAGACCCCCAUCAACAGUGUCAGUAACAGUUUGGAAAAUGUACUACAUACAUCAACACAUUCCAUUGAGGAGUCAUUACCCAAGAGGCCUUCGGGGAAACACUCCAAAGUGAGUGUUGAAAAAGUGGAAUUAAAGGGACUGGCACACAAGAAGAAUGAAAGAAAUGUUGAAUAUUCCUUUGAGGUCCUGUGGUCUGAUUCUUCAGUGACGUUGGUAACCAAAUCUUCCGCUGAAGUGACUGAAUUUAUUUCAAAGCUAUCUCAGCUGUAUCCAGAAGAAAACUUGGAAAAAUUCAUUCCUUGCCUAGCUGGUCCAGAUUCAUUUUACCUAGAACGGAACCACAUGGACCUGGAAUCGGACCUUAGGUAUUUGGCACCAUUACCUUCCCAUGUGGUGAAAAAUGACCACGUUAGAAAGUUCUUCAGCACUUCAUCUCCUUCACAGCAACUUCAGAGUUCAAAUCCUGGCAACCCCUCCCUUUAUAAAGUAGGAACUACGCUGGGAACAUCUGGAAGACCUAUAUGUGGAGUGGCUGGCAUUCAGUCUUCUCAGAAUCACGUUCAGCACUCGGCUGCUGCCCCCGUUGCACUGCCCCACUGUUCCCACGCGGGAGGUACCGGCUCGUCGCUGGCCUAUCGCGCCCAGAUGGACACCACCUCUGCACCCAUGCUAAUGUCUUCCAGUCCACAGACCCCUCAGACACAGGAGCAAAACGGGAUCUUAGACUGGCUCAGGAAACUGCGGUUGCACAAAUACUAUCCUGUCUUCAAGCAGCUCACAAUGGAGAAGUUUCUGAGUCUUACUGAGGAAGAUCUAAAUAAGUUUGAAUCCCUCACCAUGGGAGCGAAGAAGAAGCUCAAGACCCAGCUAGAGUUGGAGAAAGAAAAAUCGGAGAAACGGUGCCUCAACCCCACAACACCUUCUUCAGUUACCAGCAGCGGUGUGGCACGGGUUCCCCCUACUACACAUGUAGGGCCUAUCCAGAGUAUUCGUGGCAACCAUGCUGCAGAGCUGCGAGUGGAUGUGGAUCAGCCAGCCCACCCCCUGCCCCGGGAGGGCAGCUCUUCCGAGUACUCCAGCUCUUCUUCCAGCCCCAUGGGGAUCCAGACAAGGGAAGAGAGCUCGGACAGCGCCGAGGAGAACGAGAGACGUUUAGAGAUUCACUUAGACGGUUCAGAAAAGGAGAAGCCAGUGAUGUUACUGAACCAUUUCACCUCGAGCUCUGCCAGACCCACGGCUCAGGUCCUACCAGUGCAGAACGAUGCAGGCUCCAAUCCGUCCGGCCACCACGCUCUGCCAAUGCAAAUGAUGUCAGCGGCCUCUACUCAUAUCACGCCCAUCCGGAUGCUAAAUUCAGUGCAUAAAUCAGACCGUGGCAACGCAGACAUGAAGCUGCUUUCGUCGUCUAUGCAUUCUCUUUUAUCUUUAGAAGAAAGAAAUAAAGUUUCUCCUGGACCUAGGGGCAGCAUAAAAAUGGAAAAGAACUUUGGAAACACAGUGGUGGAUGUAAUGUCUGCAUCUGCUCCUCACCAGCCCUUGCAAGUGCUGUCAGGGGCUGCUGAGAACAGCUCGCCCACAUCUACUAUUAACUUUGGUCCUCGAACCAAAGUCGUGCAUGCUUCGACUCUGGACAGAGUGAUAAAAACAGCUCAGCAGCCGGGAUUAAUAGUAGAAACGAGUACUGCUGCCACUGUCACAUCCAGCACAGUCUUCCACGUGGCUCGUCCACCCAUCAAACUCCUGGUGUCUUCGUCUCUUCCUACUGAUCCUGCCAUUGCCGGGCAGACUUCCUGCUCCAGUAAUAUGCAAAUAACGGUGUCCCCUGCAAUAAUAAAUCCCCGGACUGCUCUGUACACAGCCAACACCAAAGUUGCCUUUUCUGCAAUGAGCAGCGUGCCAGUGGCGCCGAUGCAAGGCAGCUUCUGCGCAAACAGUAACGCAGCCUCCUCCAGCAGCCACCCCUCCACGUCAUUCGCAACCAUGGCGAAUUUGCCCAGCUGCCCCGCGCCCAGCUCCAGCCCCACGCUCUCCUCCGUUGCCGAGAACAACUUCUACAGCAGCAGCAGCAGCAGCAGCAGCAGCAGCAGCAGCAGCAGCAGCAGCAGCGGGUCCGCGGGGAGCGUCCCGGUACCAAACCAGAACCAUCACCACCAUCACCACCAGCAGCAGCAGCCGCAGCCGCCGGGGUGCAUGGUGUGCAGCUCCUGCGGCUGCAGCGGGAACUGCGGUUCGAGCGGCAUGACCGUCAGCUACGCUAACUAUUUCCAGCACCCUUUUUCAGGACCUUCCAUGUUUACUUUUCCGUUUCUGCCCUUCAACCCUUUGUGUAGCAACGGCUACAUCAACACGCAGCAGUACAACAGCAGCACCACGUUCCCCGUGGUCCACACCGCGUACAACAGCGGGAUAGCACCGGACUCGGUCAUGGCCGGGCAGUCGACGUUUGCGGUACCGCCCAUGCAGAACUUUAUGGCGGGGACGGCAGGGGUGUAUCAGGCACAGGGAAUGAUGGGGAACAGCAAUGGUUCGAGUCACAAAAAAAAUGGGAAUCUCUCCUGUUACAACUGUGGGGCCAGUGGUCACAGGGCUCAGGACUGCAAACAGCCUCCGAUGGAUUUCAAUCGACAAGGUACGUUUAGGCUGAAAUACGCUCCUCCCUCUGAAAGUCUUGACUCCACAGACUGAUAUUUUCUCUGGCAAGAAAAUACUGUAAGCCAUGGAGAUAUAAGGAGAUUGAACUACAAAACUGAGACGUCCAGUUGCUGUUAAGCUUAAUGUAUUUUUUAAUCCAAAGGUGCUUUACUUUAUUAGACUAGGUAGAAAAUCUAGCUUAGGGGUGCAUCAAACCCAUUUUUGAUUGCCAAAUUCAAGCUUGGAUCUUGUUGUUGGAACUUCUGACUCCGUGUCACAGGACCGAUGCGUACUGGAUGGAUGGUGGAGCUGGCCAGCUGCAUUUUCUGUUGCAAGUACAACAUCCGAUGUACUUUUUUUGCUGGAGAAUGUUGCCAUAUGUGGACUUUCUAAGGUGAAACGUCUGACUCCAGGGCAGCUACGUUCUGAAGUGGAAGCUGGAGGCUGAAGGUAGGAGCGGCCGUUCGCCAGAAGGACUUUGGCACCCCUGGGCUAGGUAAAAUGUCUACUUUUUUUCAAAAGUGAUCAGGCACUAAUCUCUGGGAUUUUUAAGGAUUGCACUACAGAAGAAUGUAAAACUCUUCAAGCUUUCUGCACUUUUAGCAGACAGUGUCACUCUGAGACCAGUGCAAGAGGCAAAGAAGUUCCAACUUUUAAAAAAAUUGGCACCAGCAGGCUAUAUGACUUAACUACACAAUAAAAAUCUUAAGUCAGUCUCUCCGUUCCCUUCCAAAAGAACACACACGGCAGUUCCGGUUCCUUCUGGAAACAAAACUUGUGCUUCAUUGUCUCACUUAUUACUAGAUAGUGCUGGGUUCCCAGCAGUGGAAUAAACUUAGUUUCCAAGGGUCCAAGUCCCAGAGACUCCAGAGUCAUAAAGGCUUCAAGGAUAUUUUCCUGUAAUACACAAAACGACCUUUACGUCCUGUUACUGUAUAUAGGUCUCUUUCACAGAAACCUUAUUAUUCUGCUUUUGUAAAUGAAUUUUAAACCAUCCUUAAAAAAAAAAAAAAAAAAGAAAAAAAAAGAAAAAAAAAAAGAGAACUCUGGCAGCAGAGUUUGUAAGCUUUUGCUUUACUUUAUAUAAAAAACCCCUUUGACUCCUACCCCAAGGCUUUUGCUACAGGAUUCAGAAGUGGUAGAAGUCAAACAUGUAAAAGGUAGUAAACUUCAUUAUUAUCAAGACUUUGAAGGAUUUAUUGUCAGCCUCCUUCGUUGCAAUAGGUUGUAGAUGACUAGCUUUGGUGUUAACUACUUAGCGUACAUAAUCUGUGGGUGACAAAUCUAAAUUAGGACUUGAGAGGAAGCCAAACAAAUCUUGAACUGCUAAUUUGAAACAGUUUGGUCCUGUCUGGUUGAAAGAAGAUACUAAUCCGCCCGGCUCACCCGGGGAAUCUGACGGCAUUAGGUGGGUGAGGCCUUCUCUUUAAAAUGUCGGACAUAAAGAUAUUUGCAUACUGUAAUUUGGAAGACACCUUUAAAGUCUGAAGCCUUGUUUACACUCGGAGGUAUUUCUCACACCAGUUUAAACCACACCAGGAUGAGUAGGAUUUGUAGUGGCGGAGCUGACUUUGGCUUGGAGGUGAGGGAAGUCCCGUCCGAGGAGGUUUGGAAGUGGCGCGGAGCUGCCCCCGGGGAGCUCGGGCCUUAGAAAUGCAACGGCAACGCGAGGGGUGACGCAGGAGCUUGACAGUCGAGCCCUUCCUGGACCGUGUUCUUAGGGAAGAAAUAAAUGUCGGGGGUCCUCGGGGGGGGGGGGAGGGCAGGCAGGGCAAACGGCGGGGUAAGGCGAGAUAGCACGAAACCAAACUCGGUCCCGGUAGAGAUCUGCUGCCUCGUGGUGGAUUUGGCUUGGGGGAAACCAAAAUCUAAAUUUGCGUAAUGUUUGGGCUUUUUUUUUUAAAAAAAAAAAAGAAAAAUUUUUUUUUUUUUCUGCCUAUGCAACGGGGGAAAAAAAAAAAAAAUCCGCUUUGUGUAUUCUGAGCCCAGCUCACACAGCCCGCAGUAUCGCACCCACUGGAAACGCUCUGCCCACGGGUGGGGAGGUCACCUCUCUUCUCACGAGCAACCUUCAGACCUACACCACGAACGUGCUCCAACCUGACAAUGCAAUUUACUUUGCCUUAAUGAGCUUGAGACAAUGGUAGGAACAAUCUGUCACGCUGAACGGCGCUGAAGGAAACGUGCAGGUUUUCAGUGACGAUGUUUACUAGUUACAGCUUUGAGGGUCUCUCCAGUGGCCUGGAACAUGUGCUGAAAGCCAAACCUUAACAUUUCAUUUUUGGUUUUGUUUUGGUUGGGGUUUUUUUGUGGUUUUUUUUUUUCAAUUUUUUUAAACAAUAUUUUAAAACCGAAUUGUAUUUAAAUAAACUGUAUUUCAACACACGCGUUGAAACAAGUGUUAAAAACCCUCUCAAAAUAGCAAAAAUCAAUAGCAAAAAAAAAAAAAAAAAAUUUCUGUACUAGUUGCGUUUUACUUUAAUGCCCAGGGCUGGGCACGGAGUCUCGUCUAAUAUUCAUCACCGAGUCGAAACCGUAACAAAAGGACUGUAAAACUGAGCUUCUGUCCAGCAAACUGUUUCAUUCCUUUCUUCGGAGCUUUCUUUGGGAUUGUUUCCUUUGUGUAAAGUUAAGGCUGACGUUUCUUACGAGUGGCUUAUGUGUACUUUUAGGUAACGUUUUUAAAUGGUGAAGUCUGGUUUUAGAGUAAGUUCAAAUUCAGAAGUCUCGAGUACCUUAAAGCACCGCGAGGGUAACACAGAAAUGUUUGCUGAGCCAGCAGCAGUGGCAGAGCCUCCCCGCGGUCAAAGCGAGUUGCGGCUUCAGAUCUGCUCGGGAGCGCUGUCCACUUUGUCCCACGAACAACCAAAGUUGGUAAGUCCGAACAGAGCACUUUAGUUCCGUGAAAUACUCCUUAAUCUGUUUUUGAAAGGCACAAAUCCAGCUUUUUACCCCGGGAAAGUAAGGCAGCUUGUUUUAGAAUAGUUCCAGCUUCGCUGGCUGAAAGAACCAGUUCUUAAAACCUAUUUUUAUACAUUGAAAGUUGGAGAUUUCAAAGAACGCUAUUUAUUCCUAGCUUUGUCCUAAAAGUAUAAAAAGAAUGAGUUCUCAAAAUGGAUUUCACUGUGGAGUAGAAGUGAUUUUUUUUCCGUGUAAGACGGGAGGGAGCCCCGAGUCACCUCCUCGCAGGGGCACGGAGAAGUGAGCGAUGAGUCUUCCCUCGGGGGAGUGAGCGACGCGCGGGGCGGUUUGAGAAGUGUUUUCCGUUUGGGAGUGUUGGCGAUGGAAAUACCCAAAAUAGGGUGGAAUUUCCAGCAAACUCCUCCUCGCGCCGGCAGCCUGCGAAUUAAGCAUUAAUAAAUCUGCCAGGCUCGGCGCAGAACAGCAGGAGAGGGAAGAGGGAAGCCUCAUUUUAGCAAGCCAGGUAUUGAUCUGAGAGUUUUCCAUAAAGCAGCAUGUCACACCUCGCGUUUUGUGAAACUUUUUUAAACCACGGAUAUUAAAUCUUGGCAAAUUAAGCGUCAGGCUUCUGAAAAAAAAAGAAAGAAAAAAAAAAAAAACACAAAAAAAACGGUCUGACACUAGACCUUUACUGUUACCCAAAAUUCUGUUUCAUGUUUUUUCUCGCUGGCAAGCUUCAGGGAGAAGGUACUCAAAAAUUAAAUGUAGUCUGUGGUAUUUGGCAGAGCAACGCUCCUCCCCAAAAUAAAAAUGCCAUCAGCCGAAUCCCCCGCGGAGGGGGUGGCUGGCUGUUCGUGCAUCGGAGGUCACGGACGCUCGGAGCUGUGGAUUCGGGGAGCCAAAAAAACACCCGUGAAAUGAGGUGGGUGCGGGCAAAUCUGGACAGAAAUCCACGUAACCGAGCCAGAGUGUAGCAAACCCUUGUGCUGCCCACCGCCACCUUGUCAUAAACCCUUGGAACUACCCGUUUGCUCUCUUAAAAUGUUUCUUACGUAAGCCAGAAGCAUGUCGGUACUGAAGCAGAAAGCAAAUCCUGUGUGUUUUCAAGUGCAGAUUAACAGCUUCUCUUGGACAUAACUUUCCACUAGGAAUGAAGGAAACUCCUGCUCCCAUUUGAGCCAUUUCUUUUACUUCCGUCAAUUCUAGUAUUACAAAUUGUGCAUGUAACUUUAUAAAUAUUUUAAAUAGUUUUGUAAAUAUUUAAUAUUCCGCUAAUUUGAUUUUGAAUUGUAAAUGUCAAGUAUUCUGGUAUUGGGAUUUUUAUGUUUUAUUAUACUUUGUUAAAAGUAAAAUUGUACAUUUUUAGAAUGUUUUUAUCUGAGUAAAUUUAAUGUAUGGAAAAUAAAGAGUUAAACAGAAUCCCUUUGUAAUUUUUUUAAAUUUGGGAUUUUUUUUAAUUGAAAGGGGCUUCAUCUGUGUGAAGGCUUCUCCAGCUUGGUAGGUAUCAGGGACCUCUUUAUUUUUUUCAAAAAUAAAUUCCAUUUUCAGCUUGGUGCUGGCUCUUCCUUCCCGCUGGCAGCCAGGGCCCGACUCCUGCCCGAGCCCCUUCCCCGUGCCGGGGGGCGGAGGAGCAGCGAAGCUUUUUGUGCCUUUGGCCGAGCGUCCGGGCUCCGGUGCCAGAGCGGGGCUCGCGGGAGCGGCGGGAUUCCGCGGGGGAGCAGAAACAAAGCGGGGGCACAGAAACGCAGCCGGGUGCCCCAGCUGUUCCGUUACACCCCGAAUUCCUCCGCUCGUGACGAUCGCUGCGUCUCGUUGUGGGCAGCGGGAUUUAGCUCCCCGCCCCGUGCAGCCCCAAGCAGGUGGAACCGAGAAACCAUCUAGAAAUAACCACACGAGCCACGCGUGAAGUUGGGAUGUAAUCCAUCCAUAUCAGCACUGUAUUAAUUUUAAAAAAGCAACAUUUGUACAGGAAUAUCAAGUCAAUCACGUCGUAAUUACAAGUAUGGUUGUCAGUUAUGAGUUAAACAAUUUCUUACACGGACAAAACUAAACAUAGAACAAGCUGCGCUUAAAAGUUUACGUUGGGAGUAAAAACACAAAGACCAAUAAAAAAAUCUGAAGGAAGCGUGGUGAACGAGAUGCAUGCAGAGAGGUGUAGGUAGGUACAAAUUGUGUACACCUUAUUGAGCUAGAGUGCCGAGACGCAGUAGUAUUGCUUCUUUCUCCCCCUGUUAUAGUAAGUUAGCUUCCAGUAACAGCUGUAGUUAGUUCACAGACACAUAAUAUACAAGAAAAAACUCAUCCUGCUACACUUAACGACUCGAGAGGAAAACCAGAGGUCCUGCAUGAUAAGGGACCCUUCCUCUGCACAGGCUCCUCCCUGCUCAGGACAGUAGCGACUCUGAGACCUUCCAAACCCCGUGCAAGUGGCAGGAGGCUUCAGUGAUGGAAAAAAGAAAAUAAAAACAA